UUCACCACCAAGCUCAAAAACAAGAGAGAAAAGUGAGGGUUUUGAGAGUUCAAAUGAUGGCCAUAAGCCAAGAGUCUUCCAGUAACCAUGCAGAUGAAGAUUAUAUUGAUAAGGAGAUAAGCUCACCCUCCAACUAUUUGUGUUAUUCCAUAAGUUCCCCACCUCAAAGUAGAGAGUUUGAGUUCCAAAUGUGUUUAAUUUCUCCUGAUGGAGAGUUUUCUUCAACUAAUCCAGCAGAUGAACUGUUCUACAAGGGUAAGCUCCUUCCCCUCCACCUCCCUCCUCGUCUGCAAAUGGUUCAGAGCCUAACACAAAGUUCUGAUGAUGCUGCCUCGGAGUGCAAAACUCGAAUACCCCUUGAAGAAAACUCAAGCUUCUCACCAUCAGAAUCCUGUAGGGUCAGUUGUGAACUAAAUGCCGAUGACUAUCUCUUUGAAUGUUCGACCGAAAAUGGUUUUAUUGGCAACGGUUUGGUUUCGAAGGCGUCCUGGUCUCGGAAGCUCAAGCAGUCCGCAAUAAGCCAAAAGCUCAAGGCGUCUCGGGCGUACCUCAAGUCAUUGUUUAGCAAGUCUGGCUGUUCGGAUGAAUCUUGUGCAAAAGCAGCAUGCAAUGUGGAAGCAGGUAACGGUUCGAAGAAUAACGAUUGUGUAAACAAGUACAUGAAACUGGCAAAGAAGAAUCCAUUUGGGAAGAUUGAUAAUGACAGAUAUAAGAUAUCAAGUAUUAUUAGGAAGAGCAUCGAUAAGGAGCUUGCUGAGGAUGCUGCAAAUAGCCAUAGGAGGUCUUUCUCAGGAGUAAUUCAAAGGCAUUCUACAAUAAUAUCUUCAUCUUCAUCUACAUCUACAUCAACAUCAACAUCUUCAUCCAAUUCCUCUUCGUCGUCUUCAUCGUUUUCAUUCAGUUCAAGUGGAUUCCAUGAUUUACGGUUGCUGAAAAGAAGCAACAGCGCGAAUUCUGAGAUCGAGAAUUCGAUCCAGGGAGCAAUUGCUCACUGUAAGCAGUCUCAGCAGCUGUCUAGUUCAAGAAAGACUGCAACUGAACUUGGGGUUUGUUCACUUUCUGCUUCAAAGAUUUCAGUUAGUGGGGACCAAGAAAAACAAAGACUUUGUAGAAUAUGAAUAUG